UUUCUGAAAAGUCAUGGGGCUACCGGCAAGUUAAGAAAUGAAAGUCAAAUCAGCUGAUAGUGACAUCAGUCAGCAGAAAUGUACCAAAGUUCAGAGGGCUGUUUACUGAGACACAACUGCCAGGAUGAGCAGGUCCUGAGCUCAGAAUUCAUCUCUUUGUCGUCUACCCGGGACACCGUCCUCAUUUCUGAAGUCUGACAUUAGAAAGCCAGCGAGAAAGAAGAAUUUCCUCAGACCCGACUUCCUGCUCUGCCUUUUUAUGAGUGUCUCUGUGGGUUCUGCACCUUCUAUUUCAGAAGCUUCCUGCCAUGCAGUAGGAACCAGACUUUAACCUGAGUCACACACCUGUCAAAGCAGACACACAACCCAGGUCCCCAGGCAGACAGCCGUCUAAAGGGCAGGAGAAGAUGGCGGCUGAGGCGCGGUGGUGGUGGGCCAGUCACCUGCCGUUCCUGGGCACCCUGAGCCUGGUGGCUGCGGUCAUCUCCCUGCUCUUCUAUGCUCUCCUCUGGAAGGCCGGCAACCUCACCGAGCUGCCCCACCUGAAAAUUGGCUUCUACAACUUCUGCCUCUGGAAUGAGGUCUCGGACUCUCUCCAGUGCUUCCAAUCCUCCGAGUUGAAGGCCCUGGGCGUGUCUCAGUUGGGCCUGGGCCUAGCCAGGUUGGGAGUGUACGGGGCCCUAGUCCUCAUCCUCUUUGUCCCCCUGCCCCUCCUCCUGGCCCGGUGCAACAAGAGCAAGGGCGAGUGGCAGCUGGCGAUGAUCUUCCUGGUGACAUCCUCUGUGCUGCUGGCCAUGGGCCUGGCCGUCUUCUUCACCUGCACCUGGAGGUGGCUCCAGCUCUCCUUCUUGGGGCCAGCGUUUCUGGCUCUGGGCAUUGCCCAGGUCUUGCUCAUCCUACUGCUUGUGAUCAUGGCUGCAUUCCCUCAGAGAGCCGAGAAGGAGAGCAAGUGUGAGAACUGUUAGUCUCAUCCAAAGGCUUACCUACUUACAAGUGUUCCUCUGGAUCUGUGCUCAGAGAUGCCAGAAGAUCCCCCAAAAGGGGGCGUCUGCCCAGCCAACCUGUUUCUACCACACGCUGAUCUCAAGUUCACCCACACCAAGAGGACAAGGGACAGUAAGAACAGCCAGAGCAUGUACUGCUUCUUAGUGUAUGGUUGUUUGUCCUUCUGAACUACCCAGGUUCCCAAGGACACCCCCAAACCACGAAGCUCAAUGCCACAAGAAUUUCUGCUUCAGUGAACUGGUCUGAGCAAAGUUUUUUUUUUUAAGCCUCAGCAUGGUGGGGAGAUAAGGAUUCCUAUCAUGGGACCAGAACGGUUUGCCAAACGGUAGCAACAAACAGGAGACACUGUUAAGACUGCCAGUGUCACUUGUAAGCAAGCUUCUCUUCUUCGUCUGUGGGGGGUGGGCCAGAAAGAGCCCCUUUCCCAAAGGCCCAGAAAUGAUUCAAGAAACACAGAACACCUGGGCACAAAGAGAAGUAGCUUGAAUGUUGCCCUGAAAAAGUUGCUGGAUAUGAAGUCUAACCCAUCAGGGCUGACCAAAUAUUCCUAGCAUGUGAAGUGGAAUGUGGAAGCAGAAUUUGCCAAAUACUUGGGAGGAAGAGAAAAAGGAACAGGACUAAAUGGUUCCACAUACAAAUAUAUCUCUUCACUUUUUUCUUUCUUUUUUUUUUUUUACACCAGAGUACUGCUCAGCUCUAGCUUAUGGUGGUACCUGAAGUUAAACCUGGGACCUUGGAGCCUCAGGCUCAUGUCUGAGUCAUUUUGUACAAUCACUUUGUUAUCUCUCCAGCUCCUUCACUUGUCAGCCCAGAAUGAGGAAAGGAUGAGUACAACUUGGGCACUUGGGGGUCUGGAGUGAAGGAAGAAAAGUAUCUGUCCCUGGUACCUGUAUAUUGAAAAGCCUGUGCAUUCAAUAAUGGGCUCUUUCUGUCAUACAGUAUAAAGGCAUAAAUGUGG